GGGCAUUCGACACUAAACGAAAAAAAAAGGGGGAUGACCUACAGUAGAGUACUUAGAGUACUAACAAGGGAAAUUACAGCACUUGUUCAAGCUAUCAGUGAGUUCUGUUCUCUUCAAAUUAAAUUUUAUUCUUCUUUAUUUUUGGGUUCAUUCAGGUAUGAUAACAUUUAAUAACAUAACAUGUGUUUUUUAGAAAGAAGCUGGUCUUGAAAUAGUACCUGAGUACUGCCACUAGAAUAAAUGUGAAGAGCUAUUAUUAUAAGCUUAUCUGUGACUUUUUAGCAGGUUCCUUAGCAGUAAAUUAACUUAGAAAUGUAUGUCUAACAUCUGAUGGCAGUGUUGUUUUGGUUGGAGUAUCUUAUUCUUUACCUGGCACAUCUAUUUUAGAACCAAGUCUUGGUGAUGGUGAACACUCUACAGUGGAAUCCUCAGACAAAUCAAUGGAAAGGCCUGCUGAAGAAAGAGAGUUCUUGGAAGCACAGUGGUUAUGUGAACAUUAUCAGCGGCACUGCAGUGUAAAGUUCCCUUGUUGCAUGCAGUUCUAUUCAUGCCAUCACUGCCACAACAUCUCAACAGCCUGUGACAAUGAAGAGGCUAAAGCUUGUCAUGCCACUCAUUUAAAGUGCUCUUACUGUCAGCAUGAACAGGAGGUUAGCUUUUACUCUCAUUUCUUACUUCACGAAUUAAUGAACUGAAGGCAUAAAAUGACCUGUGUGUGGUUCUCGAGACUGUAUUCCUUUAUUUUGGCUCAAAAUGGUCCUUUAAAAAAUUCUCUUCUCUGAAUCACAAUUCUCCUACUCUUGUUUUAGUUUGUUUGCUCCUAAUUUUCAAGAGAAUUGUUGUUUAUUUCGGGGUUAAUCUUUUACUUUUCAAAUUCUUAGAGAUCAUUUGUCUCGAGUUCCGAUCGAAUUUUAAAGUGACUUAUUACUAGUUUUGUGUUAAAGGGGGCAUUGAUAUUUUUUUUUUUUGGAGGAAUGGAAAUCUGUAGUAUUCAGCAUGGCUAGUUGAUAAGCAUUAUAGUCUUGCAAUCUGGAUGUCCUUAGUGUGUGUCAUUUUGACCUCUAGCAGGCUUUUGGCCUUUUUGAGCUCAACUCCUUGGCCAUGCUUGUAAAAAUAGGCUCACUGUUUCACUACUGCCUGUUUUUUGUGUGUUCUUUUAUAUAUAUUUGUUUUUAAUUAAGAGCAUGUAAACUACACUUAUGUACAAUCCCAGAAAAAAGCAGCGGGGAAAGUUGCACAACUUGAAAAUAGUCCAUUUUACAUGUAAUCCUAAAAAACAGAGAGUUUUCCUUUUGCUAAAUACCCCCCUCCCCUCUCCUCCCCUCCCCCAAAGUUAUAACAGGUUAUUAUUAUGCACACCAACAUUAACAUUUUUCUCAACAUUGGGCCAGGGGCAGAGGGAGGAAGAAAAAAAAAAAGAGGUAAAAAGUAGCAGCCUUCCUUACACUUUUGACAAUGAUUGUACAUUGCAGCUAGAGCAAGCACGUAGAAGUAUUUGCAUUAACAUUUUAAACUGAGAAAAAAUUUUGGUUCUGGGAGUGAGUUGAACGACUGGUUCAAAUUAGUUUGGGGGCUGGAAGGGAGGGGGAAGGGAGUGACUGUAUUUUCAGAGUCUACCCUUCAUAUUUCUGUGUAAGUUGUGUUUGCCGCUCAAGUUACUGGGAGACUUGUUAUCCAUACUUUUUUUUGGAAUCAAGUUGCAUUUUAAAGCUUGGUUUAACGUUUUAUGGUUGUUGUCGUUACAGAUUUGUGAAGGUGGUGCCAGAUGUCAAAAGUGUAGUAGGGAAAUGUCUGCUUUUUUCUGCUCCAUCUGUAAGCAUUUCACCAGUUUGGAUGAAAAUCCUUAUCAUUGUGAAGAAUGUGGAAUUUGCUGGUAGGUCAAGAAAAUGUGACAUUUCUUUUGUAAAAUUAUUAUGACAUUAUUUAAAUAAGAUACACAUGUAUAUCCUUGUUUAAGAAAGUUUUAUGCCUUUUUGUUGUUUUUUAAAUAAUUGAUGGCUUUUUCCAGUUGUCUAAAGGAAUGACUGUACUUUUGUAAUAAUUACAGCAGGAAAGAAAAGCCGGGCAAAAUAUAAGAAUCAGUGUCAACUUGUAAAAUUGUUUACUAUGUGGUACAAAUUUUUUGCAGAACUUGUUUUUGCGCAUUUGGCGAUUUUUCAUGUUUGGCGGGAACUACUUUUUGCGAUUAGGAUAGAUUGGUUUUUCUUGCUGGGAAUUAGUUUUUGCAAUUUUCGGAAAGUACCCAGUACUGUGGUGUGCGUACCCUAUAUAAAACCGGUAUUUCAUUGCACACCGCUUUGUUUCUGAACAAAAGACACAAGUUGUAAUUGAACAGACAUGAUUUGUUAGUACUUUAUUUUUUUGUAGUGAAUUUAAAUUAGAGAAUAUUUACUCUGGAGUAAAUUUUUGCAGGAAAAAAUGUUGGCCAUAUUUUUAUUUGUGGGAACUUAUUUUUGCAGAUCGCUGGAAAAAUUGCCAAAAAAAUUGAAAAAAUUAGAACCUGCAAAAAUUUUGUGCCACACUGUAUACCUACUAAUUUUAUGAUUAUUGAAUGAUAUUAAGAGUGUUGUUUUUUAAUGUAUCAGCAUUAUUUUGUUUGUCAUUCAGGAUUCACAAGGACAAAUCAUUUCACCGUGAUGUUUGUAAUGUGUGUUUAGACAAACAGCUUGGGGGAAAUCACAAGUGUCGUCCAGAUUCAAGUCGUGAUGAAUUCUGUAUUUGCUUGGAGGUGAGGUUGAAUUAACAGUGAUCACAUACCAAUAAUGGACCUGAAUUUCUGGUUGUUUUAAAGAACAAUGUUUGUAUAAGCUUGUCAGAUAAAAAAGAGGGAUUUUUGUUGUAUAAGUUUGAGUGGAAAGAGUGUAGAUUAUAGGAUGAUCAUAGACAUGGUUCCAGCGAUUUUUUUUUAUCUGAGCUAGUUUUUUUAUCUAUCAGUAGGGUAGAGUCAAAGAUAGGAACUCUCGUUUACAGUGUUUAUGUUACAGGUUAAAAUUCAAUUCAAGUUAAAAUUUUUAACCUAGGUUGAUUCUCAGUUUCCUUUGUCUUCUAUCCUAAUUCAUGAACAAUCAGGACCAGAAGACAAAGGAAAUUGAGAGUCAACCUACACUAAACAUUGUCAAUCUGAAUUUUUAAUUCUGACCUGUAACAUACACAUCUGAAAGCUGUUGUAGUAAAUUGCAACGCUGAUUCGAUUGUUUGUUUGUUUUUCCAUAAUUUGUAGGAUGCAUUCAUUGGUUGCCAGAUAUUACCAUGUUCACACAAAGGCCACAGAGGAAGCACCAAUGUUGCUGUGACACAAAAUGGCAUGUAAGUCAUUACGUAUGUUACUCUUUUACUGACAUAUUUAAUGAAUGGUUUUUAUCUUCGAGAAAGUUGAUGCAAAUGGGAUCAAGUACAAUGCAAGAAAUAAGGUCAGUUGUGAUUCUACUAUUAAGUUAUAACUAUAAGGGUUUGUGGUUAACACAGUCGAACCUUUCCACAAAGACCACCUCAGAGACAGUGUCAGUGAUUCAGAUCCAUGAAAAAGUGAAUAGGACAAAAUUAAUGUCCUAAAGGGCUGAAUUUUCUUAGGACAUUUCUAGCUAUUGUCGGACAUUAUUUUCUUUUCUUAUGACAAAAUAGAUGAAAAGUUUAUCCUUUCAAGAUACUUUUUGUUUAAAAAAUACUUUCAUUCUGAUCAUAAUUCAGCCACGGGUAGCUUUUAAGCCAUCUCAGCUGGAAUUUUCUUUUAGCCUUGGGGGCAAUUUCUUUUGUUGGUCAGCGACAUCAGUUAAAUCUUCAUGAGCAACUUGAGUUGUUGUGCUUUCUUUAUCAGAUUUGUCUUCCCACUGCUUUCUUCGUUUUAAAAAGUACAUGUAUGACAAAGGUUUUUGGCUCUUUUCAGCCAUAACUAAGGCCUUUAGUUCACAUGGUUCGCUCAAAAUAGAAUCAGAGAUGUUGCCUGCAUUAUAACAAGCGCUCCUAUUGGCUUUCAUCUGACCAAUCGCACGCACUGUGAGAUCUUUGUAAAAUACAUCCAAGAUGGCAGCGGUUGCAUUAAUCGGUGUGCAUAUUGCAGCUCAGACUACAGAUAUUUUCGCUAUACAUGGAAAAUAAUGUGCCAAUCUCUAACAUGUAUCACUACCACAAGACACAUUAAUUUUAGAGUACUUCAUAUUAUUUUAUUUUCAUUUCAGACGUUUGUCAUAAUUUAGGUAGAUUUGUUCAGACAAAUAAAAAUUUUUUGUCUCAGACUAUGUCCCAGGACCGAUAUGGAUCUGAAUUGCUGGGACAGAGAAAAGUGGCCAUCGUAUGUGGAGAGGUGGCCGUUAUGGGGGGAUAGGGAUGUAAUUUGACAAUUUAUUUGUAGGGACUGACAACAUAUUUUUUGUGCAAAGUUCAUGCUUACUGCAUCCUUUAAUGGUAAUUCAAUCAGAAAUAAUAUCUAGAGGUAAAAUACACCAUAAAAACACUUGAAUAAUGUUUUGAAUCAGAAUGUAAACAUGACAAAACAAGAAAACAUUCACUAUAAGCAGUAUUGUAGACAAUUAAUUUAAGCUCACUGCAGCAUCUGCAGCUGUAUGAAUGGAACACAAUCAAAAUACAAUUGCCGCAAUUACUCAUCAAGGUGCAUAUGGAUCAAAUGUCAUGACCUGCACUCUUGACUUUUAAAUCAGUCACUGAAAAAUCUGGCCAUUGUAGAGAGAAUAUUUUGGCAGUUGGGGACAGGCUUUAGUGGCUGUUGCCAUUGUAGAGAGGUGGCCGUUGUAAAGAGGUUUAAACAAGAGUCAAUGUACGGACUGUCUGCCAGAACAAAAAAGUGGCCAUUGUAGAGAGGAGGGUUCGACUGUAAAUAAUUAUUUGAUAUUUUUUCUUUUUACAGAGAGGAGGAAGACAAAGGAGUGUCAACAGAAAAUCAAUACUGCACACUGCACAGCCUGAGUUCAGACGAGGGAUGUGUUGAUCCCAGGAAUCAUUUAGAAGACCUUUUAGAUAACCCACACCUCCAAACUAUAAGCCUGGAUGGUUCUAGUCUGGUGGAAAAGAAGUCCAUCCCGGUUGAUUUGGAGAAUCCAGCUGAGGCACUUUUUCUUACAGAUAAAGAAAAGCGUUUCAUGCAAUGUUAUGAUGCUCACCUACAAGGUAAGCUUAGCAUACAUUAUUUUUUCUUACGUACAGCAAUGGGUCAGUGUUCUGUUAACAAAAAAACAACAUAUCAUUCCAGGGCACAAAAUUGCGCCUGAUACAGUCGCCAAUACGCCUAAGUUUACUGUGGUGGCAACCUAGAUUCAAAAGUUCGUUGCCACGUUGGCAACCAGAACUCUUCGGGUGCAGUACACAGGGCUGUCAUUAAGAGGCAGGGGCAGGGGAUUUUCCCAGGCUACUAUGAACUUGGCUCCCGGCUACUUUCAUAGGAAAAUAGAAGAAAAAUAGAACCAAAAGAAACCCCUAGCUGGUUUGAUUCCCCGCCUACUUGUUGUAUUUACCUGGCAACUUGAAAUCUUAGUGACAUCCCUCGGUACAUCCUACCUUUAUGUAUUGUACAAUCAAAUAAAGCUUAUAAAGGUAAAGAUGAAUCAGUACCAACAACUGAGGUUUGUAGGAAAAUCGUCAUGAACUCUUCAAAGUCAACAUAUCAACACCCACCAUCUUAAAUUUUCCAAUAGUAAUUUUGUAUAUUGUGGAGUGUGGAUUGAAAUGUCCCCUUUGCUAACAAGGCGUAUUGUGUGCUAACAAAACUCCGCACUUUUCCGAUUCCAUGUGCUCUCAUUUAGCAUAAUUAUGGAAUGAUUUAAAUUUAAAAUGAGUGCCAAUGAAAACAGUGAUCAGGAAAAUUUGGAUAUGUUUGUAUGAUUACUCAUCCCGAUCAAGCUGUGACUUUUCUUUCUUGGUUACUAAAGGAAUUAGAUUUCAUAAACAAGUCAUCAAAGAACUAAGCAAAUAAUAUUGAUAUAAAUAUCUUUAUGGAGAUUUGACUAGUUUGUUUUUUUCCCGUUGUGAUGGCAGGUCCUACAUUAUGUAGUCCAGUAAGAUAUUUCGUAAAGUUCAUAUUAGAAACAAUAGUUUAGGAAACUUAUCAACUUCAGUUUCUGAAAUUUUUUGAAAGAUUGUUAUAAACUUAGGACUUCCUGGCACAUAUGUGGCUGAUUGCACACCUAAUAUAUACCAGUCUUUGAGAUAAGUGGACAUCCAUGAUCAUCAAACUGGAUGGUCUGUGAUGGCAAACAGAAUAAAUCCAACAAAUGAUAACAUUGGUAAUGUUCAUUUGUUUCUGUUUGUUCUUUAUUAAGUAACUAAGCAGAAUUGUUGUUUGCUAUUCUUUAGAGAUUUGAGACAAAACAUUCAGGUAUUCCAAAAGCUAGGAAACCUAUAAUAUAAUGCAUUUAUCAUAUGGCCUUUUUUUUUUGUUUCUGAAAAAAAAAAAUGGUUACUAACUUUUUGGACUUGGCGACCACUUUGGAAAAUUUAGUAGGGAGAUGUCUUCUUGAGAAAAGUUUAUUUCAUGCCCUGCAUUCUUUUCUGUGGUUAAGUCCCAGUUUUAUUCUUCUUUGCCUUUUGGGUACAUUACAGUCAAACCAAUAAAACCAUGAACACUUGCAAUAUUUCAGGAAUGUUUAUUGUGUUAUGACCAAUCACUGCAAAGAUCGGGACGUGCAAUCCAGAUACAAAACCACAAACUGGUUAACGUUCUUGCUCGUAGUUUAGCUUUCUCACGCCUGUUUGGCUUUUUUCUUGCAACACAAUAACAUUGCAGAAAUAUUUGUGGUAUUCAUGGUUUUCCCGGUUUGACUGUAAUAACAUGAUAGAGUUUAAUAACGUACACUGUGACAUGUGACUGAGCGAAGCAAAUGUCAGAAUUCACCACCACUUACCUGCAUCUUGUUGAAUGACCAAAGUGCCCAUGAAGAUCUUCCUCAUUCUUUUAAUUGUUCCAAAAGUGAUGGGGAUGUACAUGUAUUCUGAAGUUGUUCAAAUCUUUGAGUUGUUUGCUGGCUUCUUUGCAGGAAAUGAACUUGGAAAUACAAUGUCUGAUGGUGUUUUAGCUGGAGCGUCCUCACCCAGCACAUCGUUUUUUGAACCACAUCUUGGUGAUUUUGAACGCUCCAGAGUUUCUCUGUUACACAACAGUGAUCAUAAAUCCUCAGACAACUCAUUGCUGGCUCUGGAAAGGUGUGUUGCAGAAGCUUCUGCUGUUAUUAAACGUGUUCUUCAGGAGAGAGAGGAAGAUGAACAGUUUGGAAGGGGAAUAGAAGCAGAACAGAACAGUUAACAGAAGAACAAAGAGCUAGAGGAGGGGAGGAGAGAGAAGAAAAAGAGUUGGGCUACACCCAGAGAAAAGAUGCAAGUGAUGCGCUGACACAAAAUGGCAUGUAAGUCUCGUGUUACUCUUUCAAUGAUAAAUAUUGUUUAUAACUUAUGAAAUAGUGAUUAUUUAACAAUUAGUCGUCUCAGACAACGUGAAUAUCGGCGAAUAGUCACCAAGAUGAAGUUGAGGUGACUAUUCGCCGAUAUUCACGUCGCCUGAGGCGAUUAAGUUGUUUUAGUAUAAUUACACUGAUGAUUAUUCGAGAAAAUAAAAUUAUUGAUCAAUUUCCGACUCCGAAGCAUCAACAAAUCUGGCUGCCAUUUUGAAAACUGCUAGCCUUCAAUGUUAUAAUCACUGCGCGGUGAUUAUAGCGGGAUGAAGUGAAGCUCCUAGCCAAUCAUAGCGCUCUACUUUCGAUAAUCAUCAAUGUAAUAAUACUAAACUGGUUUAAGAUAUAUAACAAUAAAUUACUGGAUGUGGCUGGCUAUCAUCUGAAGAAUUAUGGAGAUAGAGGAGGGUGUUAUUGGUUAACACCUUCCAAGAUCUAAAAAACAUUUCAGAUGAUGCAAAAGCUGAAUUCAUUCAAAAUAAUUCCCAGUUUAAAAGCAAGCUUAGAGAUACUUACCUCUAUCACCGCAAAAAUCAUCUUCAACUGCUUGUUUAUUCUCAAGUUUAGGAGAUUAAAGCACCGUGCAAAGAAAGUAGAGUCCGAUAGCUCAGGGCUAAUGGAUUUUGCUAUUGGGCUAGUAAAUUUUGUUCUUAAGGUGGCGUGACAGGAUUUUUUGAGGGGAUACCUGCCAAGUUUGAGUAUUAACUACAUCGCCAUGAGUAAAGAUAUGGGAAGAAGAUUACCACAACUGUAUUAUAUAAAGAUGAAAAUUUCUUAUGAUCUGGGUUUUAUUGCAAUCGGAGUCACCAUGGCAACGUAACAAUGCCAUUAUGUUUUUUAUUUAUCUUUGUGCUUCUCUCUUAUCACUUAAGGGAGUUUGCACCUGCCAUAAUUGCCUCAAUUAUGUCAAAGUUUGAACAAAUUCUAUGAGAGCGUUUUCGAAAUAUUUUGAAACGAAGUUUUAAGCAUCAUAAAAACAGUGAAAUAGCGUGCUAUCCACACAAUUAGCUAGUUUUUUCAGAAAAUGAUAAGCUUUGGAAACGCGGCUUCAUCUUAUAGUGGUUUGAUUCCAUCGAAAACUGCGUACAAGAAAAGAGGGGAAUUGCUCUGAGCGAUCGCAAGUAAGAAGAAUUUUAUUAACUUGCAUUCAGCUGCUUUUGUUACAGUUUUUGCACGUAAUUUGGCCCAUGCCUAUAAUUUCGCAUUUUUCAAAAAACUGUUUGAUAAAUUUUUCUAUAAAUUUGACAAUCCCGAGAUCAAUUGCCAAUAAAUAUACCCUGCAAGUUUCAAGAACAUUGAAAACAGACAAGGCUUUUAAAUAGGGCCUCAAAUAUAACCAAUUUUUCCCCCAGGUUUUGUGUUUACAAGUGAGCGUCCUCAUUAUUCACUGGCAUUGUUUCCAAGUUUCAUAGGCACGUGCACAUUUAGCAAAAAGAAAUAAAUUUGCAUCAAAAAGAACUCUCAAUUACUUUUGGAAAAAAAUAUUCUAAUAAUUGGCUUGUGUCACAGUAGUGAGAGCCGAGACGGUGAACGUCGUGGCUCAUCGUGUAGGAUGCAAUACUUAGUUAUCUUACCUGGGUUAUAACAUCACAGAAACUCUUACAAAGAGCUCCUGUGAUGUCAUAAUAUAUCUCUAAUUUCUUUACCUGGUUAUUAGCAUAUUCGGGGGAUUUAACCGAGGGUCCUUUUUUAUGCAAAUUCUAUCUUUUUGCUAAAUGUGCACGUGCAUAUGAAACUUGGAAACAAUGCCAGUGAAUAAUGAGGACGCUCACUUGUAAACACAAAACCUGGGGGGGAAAUUGGUUAUAUUUGAGGCCCUAUUUAAAAGCCUUCUCUGUCUUCAUUGUUCUUAAAACUUGCAGGGUAUACUUUUAGACGAUUGAUCUCGGGAUUGUCAAAUUUAUAAAAAAAUUUAUUGAGCAGUUGUUUGAAAAAUGUGAAAUUUGUAGGCAAACCACUAUGACAUGAAGCCGCGUUUCCCCAGCUCAUCAUUGUCUUAAAAAUUUAGGUAAUUGUGUGGAUAGCAUGCUAUUUUACUGUUUUUAUGAUGCUUAAAACUUGGUUUCAAAAUAUCUCAAAAACGCUUUCAUAGAAUUUGUUUAAACUUUGCUAUAAAUGAGGCAAUUAUGGCCGGUACAAACUCCCUUAAGCGAUUUCUUAAAAAAACUCUUGGUACAGAGAAACACAAAGAUAAAUAAAAAACGUAAUGACAUCGUUACGUUGCUAUGGCAACUCCGAUAUUUGCAAUAAAACCCAGACUAUAAGAAAUUUUCAUCUUUAUAUAAUACAGUUGUGGUAAUCUUUUUCCCAUAUCUUUUCUCAUGGCGACGUAGUUAAUGCUCAAACUUGGGAGUUACCCCCCCCCCGCCAAAAAAAAAAAAUCCAGUCGAGCCACCUUAACUUGCCCUAGUGAAGUUUUUUGAGAAAUUCCAAUUACAUUCCAUAGUUUCCUUUCUCCCACAUUUUUGUGUUUUGCAGUGGUGUUAAUAAAUAGUUUGCAUUUUAAAAAUCCUUGAGAUCAGGGUCAAAACUCAACUUUGAUUUUUUUUCACUAGUAUCAGGUUCAUCACGUGAUUGUGAUGCUUGUUGUUUGACCUAAACCUAAGGGGAGACAGCAACUGUCUGUAACUGACACCCAUGAUAGACACUGCCCUAAAAUGGAUACUCAUUGUUGGUUCUUGCCACUUUCUUUGACUGUCUUAAGGCAGACAGUUUUCUUGUAAGACAGACACCAAGUGUUGUUCCCAUUGGUGUCCAUCUUAGAGAAAAUCAAUGGAGAUGUGAACUAAUGAUGUGAAAAAAAAAAUUUCCCUUUUUACAGACAGAAUCACAAUCAUGGCUCAUGUUUAUGCACAAGAUGCAUAUCGACCAGGGAAGAUGAAGACAGAGAAGUGUCUCCUGAGUUACCUUAUGCAGAGAGCUGUCAAUCUUCUACACAAAAUGGGGUUGACUUUGAUAAUAAUUGUGCUCAGUCACAAACUCAUCAGUCAUUUGAUGCAUUUUUGAUAAGUUUGUCUUACUGGUCAGAAGCUGACUCAAACUAUGAUGAGGAGAAUCAACCCCUUUACACACCACUCGAUUCCUUUUCAGAAGGAUUAGAUUCGAAUUUCGUAGCAAGACACACUCAAGAUAAAGGCCUUUAUGAGAUUGCUAUUUCAGAAAUUUCACAACAGAAUGACAUUCCAUCACAGCACACACCAGGAUCAUACCUGGAUCCUGUUCCUGGCAUUGUAUUUGGAUCGCAAAGAGCCAAUUCAUUCUAUGGUGAUGUUUGCCAGAAUGCAUCUGAUACUCAUCUAGGAAGAGAAUUGCCAAGUUAUGAGUCCUCAUCAGUAAGUGAUACAUGAUUAACAGCUGCUUGCAGGCUUCAAGUGUUUACUUUCUAACCUUUACCUCUCUUCAUUCUAAACCCCAACAGGACUGGGACCACUUAGGUGCUAGACCCCGACAGUCCUCCAUCUCUCCUAAUUCCCAAUCACAGCAUUACUGGAACCGCUUAGGUGCUAGACCCCGAGAGCAUCAAUAUUCAACCAGUGCCACUCUCCCUUCCCAUCCACAGCAGGAUGAUGACUGGGCCUCCCCAGUUACUAGACCCCAGUUGGUCCUAAGAGGACUUGCAUAUGAUGAAUCCAUAGAAGAUGAAUCACUUCAGAUCGAUGGGGGAAGGGAAGGAACAGGAGAAAACCUGGAAGCUGGAAUAAACAGUGCCUUUUUGUUAAAGCGAUCAACAGAUCAAGCCCUUUUAGCGUGGGCACUUUGUGAGCACCUUUUGAUGGAGGAAGAACGUGUGCAGCUGGGAACAAGAAUCAAAAGGAAGGAGAAGUUGAUAAGAGAGGAGAGAGCCUGUAAAGAAGAAAAAGAGUUUCAGGAGGUAAGCAGUUGUAAUCUCCAACUACAUGUAAGUGACUACAUGUAAUAAUAUACUUGUUUGAACAACAUUGGCACUCAUCCAGUUUGCUACGUAUUUGGGCUCCAAGUAUUAAAGAUGGAACAUUAUAUUACCAAUACAAGCAUUCAUCAUUCUAAGAGAAGUUACACUUAAAGUGUGUUGGAACAUGUAACUGGAUAGCCUUUUGCACCUCAAACAAUCUGAUAUGACAGGAAGUUUUAAGAGCAUGCCUAGGGGGUGGAAAUUUAAAUCUGCUCUUGCACAGGGCUUAUAAUAAUGCAAUAAAGAGCAUUCUCUUGAGAAAUUUUAGUCUGGUGGUUUUCAAACAUUACAAUUUUUCCCUGCAAAAUGUCUUGUUGGUUCAUAAGUCUGAACAGUAGUUAAAUUCAAAGUUGCACGGAAAUUCUUAGUACUACAGGUGCCUUGUUCAGAAUAUGUGCACUUUUUAUCUAAACUGGGCAAUUUAUUUUUCUCUUUUUAUCUUUUAGACUGCUCAAAACUGUGUCAAAUGUGGUGAGAUUGUUGAUGCACAGCAGCAGGAAAGUCACCCAUGUCAUCCUGAUAAAUGCUGUAUCUGCCAAGUGGUGAAUUGAAAUUUGUUAUCUUUGCAAACCCUAUUUUUGGUUUUGAAAAGGUCUAAUGAUUUUAACAUAAAUCUCAGUGCAAUCUACAUGUAACUUCAUCCCUUGGACAUUUUAUUUAAUUAUGGCAUUAAUUGUUACUACAUUGUUAUUUAUUAUUACAUCAUUAUUCAUGGGUUUCAAUGAAAAUUAAAUUGGAGUAGCCAGCAGGUUUGAAAAGAGUAACCCACUGUAUCAACCAGGGCUUUCUGAGAACAUAAAAUGCGAUUUCCAGCGUUGUUGGGAGGCUCCGCCCUGAGGUUCAACCCCUUACCCUUUUUUAUAGCAUUUUUCACAAAAAAGGAACCCCUUUCGACGUAUACCUUCUAUUGACAAAUGGUACCCCUUUCACAUACCUAGUUAAGAACUUUUUAUCUCUUUUAACUGCUGUAAAUGCAUCACCUUUUUAAUAGAAAUCAAGCCAUAAAAUUCCUCUGGAAGCCCUUUUGGGCCCUUUCAGAGACCCAAAUGACACAUUUCCCACCUUUUUUAGUUUUAUAUACUUCAAUGAGUGAAAUCCGUACCCUUUCAUAAACACGUGCCUGAGGCCUGAAAAAGAUACCCAUUUUGGGUGGAGGCUUCCCGCUUCCCUUUACAUGUUUGCUUUCUUCACACAAUGUGCUCACUCAUUGACAAUUUGGAGGAACUGCUAGCACAUUCUAAGCUGUUAACUCGGUAUAUCCAGUGUAUGUAUGAUGCUGCAUAAAAAUAUUAAGUUUUAAAUUAUUAAAUUAAAUUAAAUUAUUUGAUAAUAUUUUAUUGCUAUAGAAAAAGACAAGUUUGAAUAAUUCUAGAAUAUCUCUUUAACCCCACUAAAGCUCAUGCAAUAUUCUCACUGAUAAUCAACAUAAUGUUAACUAAAGGAUCAAAACGAAUAUCAGAACAAAAGGGGUGCCCCACCCCUGUUUUCAUAGGUAUGAACGGAAAAAUUCAUCCUGAUUUACUUACAGGUACUUAUUUUUUUCUUUUCAGUAUUUGGAUGACUUUAUUGGGUGCUAUGAGGUCCCAUGUGGACACAAGUUCCAUGAGGAGUGCUACUUAGAUAUGUUGCACAACAACAUGUAAGUACUAUUUUCAGACAGUGUUACUAAGGUUCACGUUUUGCAUGAAGAACGUUUUUGGUCGCGGUUGUUCAAAUAUUGGAUAGUGUUAUCCACCAGAUAAAUCACAAUCCAGUGGAUAAGGUUUAGGGAAACCAAUAUUGCAUUAACCAUUGGAUAGUGUUUUUUCCAAUGGAUGGCAUCAUUCAGCUUUUGAAUAACUGUUGCCUGGUUAAAAUGAUUAUUAACACUUUGACUCUAAAAUGAAUAAUUAGUCUUUUGAAUUGAUUUUACCCACUGACUCUGUUGAAAGGGAACCUCUUUGGCAGUACUUUCAGAAAGUACAAAUUAUUUUUUCAGCAUCUCUCAAAAUUAAAUUUGGAAAUCUGGAACUGCAUUUUGACUUUUGUAGACUGCAAGCAGUCUCUCUUUUUCUUCAGGUUUAGUGAGGGGAAUGCACGCAUGUGUGAGCAUCAACACUAGAAAUGUCUCGUGGCUUCAGUCACGCAUGGUCAGUUGUGUAUCUUGCAUGUGUCGGUCGACAGGCCAAGAGGAAAGAGAGACUGCUCAUAGUUUUAUAACUUUGGACACUUCUGGGAUUAAUUAACAAUUACUCAACUCAGGUGACGUGACUAUUCACCGAUAUUCACUUCACCUGAGGCGACUAAUUCUUUUAGUAUAAUUACAUUGAUGAUUAUUUGAGAAAAUAAAAUUACUGAUCAAUUUCCGACUCCAAAACAUCAACAAAUCUGGCUGCCAUUUUGAAAACUGCUAGCCUUCAAUGUUAUAAUCACCGCGUGGUGAUUAUAGCGGAAUGAAGCGAAGCUCCUAGCCAAUGAUAGUGCUCUAUUUUCGAUAAUCAUUGUAAUUAUACUAAAAGGGGUUAAAAUUACCCUUAGUUUCAUGCCAAAGAGUUUAAGAAAUGAAUUCACUAUGGCCUGUAGGGUCUUAGGUUAAGUAGAGCUGUAUCUCAACUAUCCUGAAAAGAUAGACAAGUUCUUUUAAAACUUCUUUACCAUUCAGACACGUUUUUGCACAAGAAAAUUGAUUUGCUCCCUCUUUUUGAAAUAAAAGGUUUAAAGGUUUGUUUAUAGUGGAACUGCACUUAGCUUACCCAGUUAGUUUACAGGCACUCCACACAAAUAAUUCUGAAACAGAGCUACGUGUUCCCUAACAGGCUGACCUUGGGCUCAGCGCUCGUGAUUUCUAAUGACAUUUCUUUAGGAGGUCUUGAACUUGACCUGCAAAACGUUCUAAGCUUGUUCAGUUCGUGUUAGUUAUUGUUAUUUACAUUGUAUCGGUAAAGUUAACACUCAGAACUUCUUAAAGUCAUUUUAAACAAAGGGAUCUUUCAAUUGUGACCACUUUUAAGGAAGCUGUCUCAGCUCUUGCCUCUUCUAAAAUAACAUUAUUAUUCAGUUAGAAUCAAGUCUUGUUGCAUUGAUCCCAGCACUAGAUGAGCAAGCCUCAAGAGGGACUUAAGCAAAUUUUCAAAAUUUUUUGUCAAAUUUUGAAGAAGACUUGUUGCUUCCAAAAUGUUUUUUGACCAUCAAGGGUAAUGUUGUUAUAAUUAGUUUGGCUUAUUUUGAAAACCGGUAGUAACAGGAUGUAUAUAGGGCAAUUUUUGUCGAGGUAUGAAUCGUUGUGUUAUUGCGUUUUAGUGACACCUGCCCACUGUGUCGCCAACCAAUUUGAAUCCUCUCUGAGAGCACCACAGGAUAAUUCUGCCACAGUGUGAAAUGUUAGUUGUAUUUAGUUGUAUUUGUGUUAGUUGUUAGUUGUGAAAUGUUAGUUGUAUUAAGAAAGACCCAGGUACUUUUAAGUACUGUUGCCAUGGAAUUGCUUGCAUGUGCAGUACUCUAUUUAUAUCCAAAGUUUAUAUCAGAUGUAAGAUAUUUUUAGUCAUAUUUUUAUGACAAGUUUUGAUAAUAGUUAUUAAUCCUAAGAAUCUUAUUUUAAAUUGUAUUUUUUUAUUGGCUACUCCACCCGUUACCC